CACUUUUCUUUAAAUCUUACAGGCAAACAGGAUGGCAAUAAGAGCAUUUUGGACAACUUUAAAUAACAAGCAACGUUGAAAAGGGAAGAAAAUCAAGCCAGAAAUCAAAAUAUUCUCCAUUUAAUUCAGAAAAUCAUAUAAUGCUGCUCCUCCUCCAGCAGCUGUUAGGCAAAAGAAAAAAUCAAGAAAUAAUAAGCAGAUUAUGCAGAACUCAAGGAUACAUUACACGAAAAAUGAAGGCAGAUUAUUUAUUAUUAAGCAAAAGAGAGAAAUAUCUGGAAGUCAAGAGGAAACUGUAAAGUAAAUUCAGGUAGAACAGACAGGCCUCUCCCUGUGAGGAAGAAAUCGGCUUGAAUAAAAGCACCACUAGACAAGGCAUUGUCAUAUUUUAUCUCAAGAAUAUCAGCUGUGGAAAACCUCCAUAGAUUUGCCGAUUGUGGGAAAAGCACAGAUUGCAAAUCACAACUGAUGAUGCACAAGAGGACCCAGAAAGGAGAAAAACCAUAUAAAUUACCUGAAUGUGGCAAAAGCUUUGGUCACAAUAGUUCCUUUGUGGUUCAUGGAAGCACCCAGACACAAGAGGGAAGCCACAAAAGUGCUCCCAAUGCAGUAAAUGCUUUAGUGAGCACAGCAACAUGGUGCUACAUCAGAUAACUCACAGGAGGGAGAAAACAUGACUUUGCAGAUUGUAUGAAAGUUUUGUUAGAAAUUCCCAGGUCAUGAGACACUAAAGGGCACACAUACAGGAAUAAAACCAUUUGAAAAUCCUUUCUGCAGGAAAAGUUUCAGUGAGAAUUCCAUCCUGGUGAAGCACUCAAGGACUCACACAGAAGUGAAACCCUUUGAAUGUCCUGAUUGUGGAAAAAGUUUAAAUCACAAUUUCAGUCUGAUGUAUCAGAAGAUUUACUCCAGGGAGAAGCUGUGUGAGUGUGUAGAUUGUGGGAAAAGCUUCAUGAGAAAUUUCCAUCUCACGAUACACCAGAGGAUUCAUAAAGGAGAAAAACCUGUUCAAUGUCCUGACUGUGGGAAAAGUUUCAGUUGUAAUUCCCGCCUCACUCCAUGGAGAAACCUUAUGAGUGUCGAGAAUGUGGGAAAGGUUUCAUUAGAAAUUCCCAUCUCCUGAGACACAAGACCACACACACAGGAGAGAAACCCUUUGAAUGUCCUGUCUGUGGGAAAAGCUUUAGUGAUAAUUCCAGCCUGGUGAGACACCAGAGGACUCACACAGGAGAGAAACCCUUUGAAUGUCCUAUUCGUAGGAAAGGUUUUUCUAAUAAUUCCCGCCUGGUGAAACACCAGAGGACUCACACAGGAGAGAAAACCUUUGAAUGUCCUGUCUGUGGGAAAAGCUUUAGUGAUAAUUCCAGCCUGGUGAAACACCAGAGGACUCACACAGGAGAGAAACCCUUUGAAUGUCCUAUUCGUAGGAAAGGUUUUUCUAAUAAUUCCCGCCUGGUGAAACACCAGAGGACUCACACAGGAGAGAAACCCUUUGAAUGUUGUGACUGUGGGAGAUGUUUCAGUCGUAAUUCCUACCUGGUGAUACACCAGAGGACUCACACAGGAGAGAAACCCUUUGAAUGCCUUAAUUGUGGGAAAAGUUUUCGUCACAGUUCCAGCCUGUUGACACACCAGAGGACUCACACAGGAGAGAAACCCUUUGAAUGUCCUGUCUGUGGGAGAUGUUUCAGUUGUAAUUCAUACCUGGUGAUACACCAGAGGAUUCACACAGGAGAGAAACCCUUUGAAUGUCCUGACUGCGGGAAACGUUUCAGUCAGAAUUCCCACCUGGUGAUACACCAGAGGACUCACACAGGAGAGAAACCCUUUGAAUGUCCUGUCUGUGGGAAAAGUUUUAGUCACAGUUACAGCCUGUUUACACACCAGAGGACUCACACAGGAGAGAAACCCUUUGAAUGUCCUGUCUGUAAGAAAGGUUUUUCUAAUAAUUCCAGCCUUGUGAAACACCAGAGGACUCACAUAGGAGAGAAACCCUUUGAAUGUCCUAUCUGUAGGAAAGGUUUUCGUGAUAAUUCCAGCCUGGUGAAACACCAGAGGAUUCAUACUGGAGAGAAACCCUUUGAAUGUCCUACCUGUAGGAAAGGUUUUUGUGCUAAUUCCAGCCUGGUGAAACACAAGAGGAUUCACACAGGAGAGAAACCCUUUGAAUGUCCUGACUGUGGGAAACGUUACAAUCAGAAUUCCCACCUGGUGAUACACCAGAGGACUCACACAGGAGAGAAACCCUUUGAAUGUCCUGUCUGUGGGAAAAGUUUUAGUCAUAGUUACAGCCUGUUGACACACCAGAGGACUCAUACAGGAGAGAAACCCUUUGAAUGUUCUGUUUGUAGGAAAGGUUUUAGUGAUAAUUCCAGCCUGGUGAAACACCAGAGGACUCACACAGGAGAGAAACCCUUUGAAUGUCCUGUCUGUGGGAAAAGUUUUAGUCGCAGUUACAGCCUGUUGACACACCAGAGGAGUCAUUCAGGAGAGAAACCUUUUGAAUGUCCUGAUUGUGGGAAAAGUUUUUGUCAUAGUUCCAGCCUAGUGAGACAUCAGAGGACUCACACUAUGGAGAAAUCUUUGAUAUGUCCAGUCUGUGGAGAUUACUUCAAGCAUAAAUCAUCUCUUAUUGCACACAAGGCAAAAGAAUGCCAAAGAGAGCACUGUGGAGAACUGAAUCACAAGUAGAAUUAAAAUGCAAAGGAAACCAAGGCAGCAAUCAAAAUCUUGUUAGUUCCUCCGGAAAUCCCCAAAACUUUUCUUCUUCCCCAUGAACUUACAGACAAGGAAGACAAAAACCAGGAAAAGAGUUUUGAGUUGGAGAAAAAAAAUAAGAGUAUCUGGAAGAAACGUAUCAAAAUAUCAAGGGGAAUAAUUUCCUAGUUCAGAAAAAGAGAGAAAUAGCUGGAAGUCAGCGGGAAGGAAAUGAUCACUUGGACAGCCAGAUAAGGCAGACCGUAAUGCAGGACUUGCCCUGUGAGGAAAGAAACAGUAACUUGAAUCAAUGUUCCAUCCAAGAAGGGAUUGAGAGUAUUUUUGAUGUCCUUGAGAAUCCAAGAAUAUCAGUGGUGGGAAAGAUCCACAGAUCUGCCUAUUGUGGGAAAAGCAAAUGAGAGAAAUAGAAUUAUUCCUGUAUAGUCUUAGUGAUUCCAUAUGUACACUUUUCAUGACCUAAGCUAAGCAGAUGUGUAAGACUUUAAGAUAGGGACUUAUGUAUGAUACCUUUUCUGAGGAAAAGCUAUAAAACUUGGUUAGUACAUUCCAAGUCAGAUCAGGCUGACUAGACUAGUUUCAUAGUAGAACAUGUCAGGCUGACCUAGGGUAAUUUAAUACAAGAAGGAAGCUUUCAUGUUCCAAUUAAUUGUAUUGUUACAGGGACAUGUUUAAGGGUAUUUCCAUAGGGGAUUCUAACUCGAGAAAAGGUUGCAGAAUAGCCAAAAACAUAUGUAAUAUCAGAUAAGGGUGUGUGUGUAAUUGUUUUGCUGAUUGUUUGAGAAUGUAUUUAAACCAUGUAUUCAGACCUGUAAGAUCUUCUCUCUCUUGGGAGAACCCUUUUGCAAAAGUUUAUAAUAUAUAUCUCUACAAUAAAUCUGCUUUUUACUUGUU